AUGAUGCUGGACGAGGCGACGAUCGUGCUCCCGCUCGCCGGCGUGAUCGAGUUCGACAAGGAGCGUGCGAGGCUCGACCGUGAGCUCGGCAAGGUCGGCAAGGAGCGCGACAAGCUGGAGCGCAAGCUCGAUAACGAGCAGUUCCUCGCGCGGGCGCCGGCGCACGUGGUCGAGGAACAGCGCGGCCGGCUGGACGAGGCGCGCAGGGCACAAGCCCGGCUCGAGGCGGCGCUGGAGCGGAUCGCGGCGUCGUAA